AUGCGGCGGAUAUCCAUCGAUAGCUUUGGGUUGACGGGCGCGAAGAGCGGCGCAGCGUACUACACCAAGAGGAGGAGUCCUUGGUACUCGUCGCGUCCGAGGCUUCUCACAACAAUACUGUGCUUUUUGGCCUUUUACACAUGGCUGAACUUUGGCGGGCACCAAAUCCUAAUACCGAAGGAUUCCUGGGAGGUCGUGGAACAGAACCUCACAACAGCCCUAAUUUUGGAAGACGACGUGGACUGGGACGUCCGAAUCCGGCAGAAUCUGCAACGCUUCGCCCUCGCAUCACGGUUCCUCAGCGGUAACAAGGAGAUUCUAUCAUCAUCCCCGCAGUACAAGAUCGAACAUGUAGAGAACGUCGAGACAGAAGAAACGACCUUCCGCAGCCUCGACGAUAACCACACCAUGAGCCACCUACCAUCCAUCCCUCUAGCAUCGCUAUACCGCAAAUCACAUCACCCCCAACCUCAUCUCAGCAGCCCAUAUGGCGACCCCUCGCAAUGGGACGUCCUCUGGAUCGGCCACUGCGGCGCAGGCUUUCCCCGCUACUCCCCGCUCCAUAAGAAGACAGACGUUACGACAGCCAACGUCGUUCUUACAAACUCGAACGAUGAAACAGUACCAGCACAGCGCCACCUAAAAGCCCACCCUUUCCAGGGCAGCCUCGAUCCCCUCGCCGACGCUUAUCCCCCGCACACACGCAUCUACCACCGUUCCACUGGCGGCGAGCUCUGCACCGUCGCGUACGCCGUCAGCCAGCGCGGCGCUCGGCGUCUGCUCCACCAAUUCGGCGUCAAAGGCUGGAACGGCAUCUUCGACUCUGAGCUCGGGCGGUGGUGUGCGGGCGAGGAUCCAGACAUGGGAGCGUCACAUGCGCCGCCGUCACCUUCCUCGAAGAAAGAGAUCAAGAAGGACGCGCGAGAGAGGGUGUGUUUGGCGAGUCAGCCGCCCAUUUUCGCGCACCAUCAUCCCAUGGAUGGGGAGAGCGAUAUCGGCGGCUUGGGCGGCGGGUAUGCGACGAAGUUCGAGACGAAGUAUUUGAGGUAUAGUGUGAGGAUGAAUUUGGAGAGGAUUGUGAUGGGUUGGAGGGGGAAGGAGUUGGUGGAUCAGUGGCCGGAUGAGGGGGGCCAUGCGACAAGGUAG